UUCCAGCAUACUUUUCCUUCAAUGUCAGCCCUCUUCUGAAAUCAAAUUUCAUUGAAUCGAACUAGAAAUGAUUUUAAAAACCUAAACCCUAAAAUCCCAAAAUUUCUAACCCUGGCCAACCACAAACGCUAGGCAGGUGUACUUUCAGAAAUCUGCCGUAUGUGAGAUGUACUUGAGUCAUUAAGUCAGAAGUCACAGGUGUUUUUGGCUGUAUCCUUUGUACAAUGUGAAUUGAUCCUUACUGUAGCCAUGUUGCCAUUUAGAGUGCAACGACUUUUAUUACAAUAAGGUGGCACUAAAAGAAGGGGAGAGGAGUUGAGUUGAUGUGCAGAGGUUGCUUGGUCCAUCUCCCUUGGAGAAUAAAGGAACUUGUAAUUUUCAAGCUUUUCCCAAAUGGCAUCCUCUAAAGCUUAUGACAAUCUGGCUCAUUGUCCUUUUCGUAAGAAUCAGUUAUUCAUCCAAUGAGCCUGAUGUUGAGGGAGAAGCUUUGACAGGUUUUCUCAAGGUUCUCAAUGAUUCCAGAGGUCAAAUAACUGAUUGGAAUGAUCAUUAUACCAGUCCAUGCUUUGGCUGGUCUCAUGUCACCUGUAGGGAUGGAAAUGUCGUAUCCUUGGACCUGGCUUCAUAUGGAUUUUCAGGAACUCUUUCACAUUCAAUUACCAAACUGAAGUUUCUGGUUAACUUGGAUUUGCAAAACAAUGAUCUAUCCGGUUCGUUGCCUGAUUUCCUUGGUGAUAUGGUACACCUAGAAACUCUGAAUCUUGCAAAUAAUAAAUUCAGUGGUUCUAUACCAGCAAAUUGGGGUCAACUAUCCAAUUUAAAGUAUCUGGACCUUUCAUCCAACAAUUUAACUGGAAGAAUUCCAAUGCAAUUGUUUUCGGUUCCAACAUUCAACUUUACAGGAACACAUCUUGCUUGCGGCUCAAGCUUGGAGCAACCUUGUGUUUCAACCCCUACGUUGCCAGUUUCAACCAGCAGGUCCAAAAUUAAAAUCGUUAUAACCUCCUCAAGUUGUGUUGCUCUCAUACUUCUAUCACUUGGUACUUUCUUUGUUUACCGGUUUAAUCAAGUCCACAAACUUAGGCGUGAUGUUUUCGUUGAUGUUGCAGGUGAAGAAGACUGCAAAAUUUCCUUUAGCCAACUUAGGCGAUUCUCAUGGCGUGAGAUCAAACUUGCAACUGACAAUUUCAGUGAAUGCAACAUAAUUGGACAAGGAGGGUUUGGAAAAGUUUAUAAAGGUGUCCUCUCUGACAACACUAAGGUUGCUGUGAAACGCCUUGCAGAUUAUUGUAGUCCUGGUGGAGAAGCUGCAUUCCAGAGGGAAGUUGAGCUUAAAAGUGUUGCUGUUCAUAAGAAUCUUCUACGGUUGAUUGGAUUCUGCACGACAUCAUCUGAAAGGAUUCUUGUUUAUCCUUUCAUGCAAAAUUUAAGUGUGGCGUAUCAACUAAGAGAUUUAAAACCCGGUGAGAAAGGCUUGGACUGGCCAAUGAGGAAACGUGUAGCUUUUGGUGCUGCCCAUGGUUUGGAGUAUCUACAUGAGCAUUGCAAUCCAAAGAUAAUACAUCGUGAUUUAAAAGCUGCAAACAUCCUUCUAGAUGAAAAUUUUGAAGCCGUUCUUGGAGAUUUUGGGCUGGCAAAGCUUGUUGAUACUAAGUUGACUCAUGUUACCACUCAAGUGCGUGGUACCAUGGGUCAUAUCGCCCCAGAAUAUUUGUCCACAGGACAAUCUUCUGUAAAAACUGAUGUCUUUGGAUAUGGUGUAAUGCUUCUGGAACUUGUUACUGGUCAGCGUGCAAUAGAUUUUGCUCGUCUAGAAGAGGAAGAGGAUGUUCUUCUACUUGAUCAUAUCAAAAAGCUGCUGAGAGAAGACAGGGUUGAUGACAUUGUUGAUCGAAACUUGAAGAUUUAUGAUCCUAAAGAAGUGAAGACUAUUGUACGAGUUGCACUGCUCUGCACACAGAGCUCACCCGAAGAUCGCCCAACAAUGGCAGAAGUGGUCAAAAUGCUAGAAGGAGUAGGACUAGCAGAGAGAUGGGCUGAAUGGGAGGAGCUUGAACAAGCAAGGAAUCAAGAAUUCAUGCUUUUCUCUCACCAGUUCAUUUGGCCUGAAGAUUCAAGUGUUGACCAAGAAGCUAUACAGUUGUCCAGAGCCAGAUAAUCCCACACACUAUCACUUUUGAGCUAAACUCUCAAACCCAAGCAGCUUUUGUGCAUUGAAUCUCAGAAAGAAAAAUGAAAACCAUAGUAUUAUCUAAAGUUGUAUCACAUAGUAUAUGGUUUGGUAUCUGUUACAAUGCUACAUUUAUUGCUUGUAAA